AUGAAGCCCACCACUGCUCCCGCGCAGCUUCCCAUCAGAACUCUCCAAGGUACGGAGAAGUCCGCAAGCUCCUGCGCCUUGAACUGGGACAGAAGGCAGCAUGCCGACAAAGAAGACCGCGACUCCCUGGAUCUUGGGGAGUGGACUACCUUUGAGGCCUUGGAAGCCGAGGUGCAGCGCGGCUGUGACAAGUGCACCGUCAUUUACAAAGGCACCCAACUCUAUCGGCCAGAGUUUGAGGGGAGAUCAAAUGGAGCAUACAUACAUCAAACCGAUAGCGGCAUAACAUGUAGUAUCCAGCGAAAGCUACAGAAGGGUGAAAUGAGUGUUAGCCCCGUGGAUCUUCGAUUCUUUCGCGCCGCCGAUCAACCCUGUCAGUGGCUCCCGGCUCUGCAUCAUCCUCAGGUGCGCCCAAAUACAAAUUGCCCUGAGACCUUCCAGCAACUGCGUGACUGGAUCAGCACCUGUGACAAAGAUCACGAAGUUUGCUUGGUCUCAUCCACCGUUUCGCUGCCCACCCGCAUUCUGGAUCUUGGAGGGACCGAUGAAGAGCAUGCCGAUGCGAAGCUACGCAAUGGCCAGAAUGAAUCGGGGCGGUACGCAACGCUGAGCCACUGCUGGGGAGGGUACCAGCCGCUCAAGACAACCAAGAGCACGCUCGAUGCCCACACAGCCAAUAUCCCGUUCCAAGACCUCCCAAAGACAUUUCAGGAUGCCGCAAUUACUUGCCGUAGGCUGGGAAUUCGAUUUCUCUGGAUAGACUCUCUGUGCAUUAUCCAGGAUGACGACGAGGACUGGCAGAUCCAGUCGGCUCAAAUGGCCUCCAUUUAUGAGAAUUCUACAUUGACAAUCGCCGCCUCGUCAGCCCAAAAUGCAACUCGAGGGUGUUUUCUUCCCGUGCCCGAUCGGCACGCGGCGCAUACGGUGGCUUGGCCCGGAACAUUACAGCAAAGCUCAUAUUCUGUCAGUGUCUACCGGUCAUAUCCGCACUUUUCAUUCUGGGAGGGAAAACAUGUGCAGCAACAAGCUCCGCUGCUCACGAGGGCAUGGUUCUACCAAGAGCGGUACCUCUCACGCAGAGUCGUUCACUUCACCGAGAACGAAUUGGUCUGGGAGUGCCAGACCGUAGCCACCUGCCAAUGCCAAUCAUCUCAUUUCGAACACCUGUCGUCGCCCUCGGCCGAAUACACCCCGAUGGACGUCAUCAACAGGAACCAAUUGAGACUCCAGCCUAAACUUCCUGAUCACAUCAACCAUCGCGAUAAGCGGGACGCCGAUCCUUGGCAUCUCUGCGUGAGAGCUUAUUCUCAGCUGUCAUUGACAUUCCCAAAGGACAUCUUCCCCGCGCUUGCCGGCCUGGCAAGCAAGGUACAGCUUCUUAAACCGGGCGCCAGGUACUGCGCAGGCCUGUGGCUCGACCUGAAGACCAACAACCUGAAUGAUUUGGCGUGGAUCAACGAGGGAAUCCCGAGGUCGCGACAGAAGCGAUGGAGAGCGCCGACGUGGUCCUGGGCUUCUGUUGUAGAGUGCUUCCCCUCGUGGGCGGACUGGAUAGACUUGGAUCCCAGCCAUACCUACGCAAAGCUCCUCGAGGCCAAGGUCAAGUCGUUUGGCCUGGAUCCGAACGGCGAGCUGCGCGAUGCCUUUAUCAGGGUGCAAGGGCCGAUGGCGGCCGGGUUCAUACAGAAGCCCACGCUCUCGAUUCCGGACAAGAAUAAUGUGCUUCACCCCCGUGGCGCAGAGGUCUACAUCCGCGGCGAGCCCUACAGACUCCCGCCACUUGUCCGGUUGGAUGUGAACCCUGAGCUGUGCGAGCCGAAACUUAGUCCGGGAGCGCAGGUCUACUGUUUGCGACUUGGCAGGGCGGUUUCAAGCGGGAGCCGGGAACAUGACAUUUCGCUUUGUCUUCGAGUUGUGGACGAGGAGGAUGGAGAACCGAUAUUUGAGAGGAUCGGCCUGGCGCACCACGAUCAUGUACUGGAUCCGACGGAACCAACCUCGCUAUAUAGUGUCAAGAUCGUUUAG